AUUUGUGAUGGUUCCUCUACAGUAGAAGCCCCUGGUGAUGGUUCCUCAACAGUAGGAGCCCCUGGUGCAGGUUACUCUACAUAUGGAGCCCCUGGUGAUGGUUUACCUACAGUAGGAGCCCCUGGUGCAGGUUCCUCUACAUAUGGAGCCCCUGGUGAUGGUUUCUCUACAGUAGGAGCCCCUGGUGAUGGUUCCUUUACAGUAGGUGCCCCUGGUGAUGGUUACUCUACAGCAGGAGCCCCUGGUGAUGGUUUCUCUACAGUUGGAGCCCCUGGUGCAAGUUCCUCUACAUAUGGAGCCCCUGAUGGUUUCUCUACAGUUGGAGCCCCUGGUGCAGGUUCAUCUACAUAUGGAGCCCCUGGUGAAGGUCCUUCCGUUGUAGGAGACCCUAUUAUUGCAGGUUCCCUAAUUCGAGGAGUACUAUCUAGUGCUUCUUACACAGAAACUUUCCCAUCCUGUGAUGUGAGCUUCCCGAGGGAAUCUCUAAUCCCCCAGUUGAAUGGAUCAGAUCCCUCCCCAAAGUCCAACCUCAUCUUUCAUGGAUCCAACAAAUCUACCACUGAAUCUAACCUAGCACCCUCCUCCAGUUCCUACAGUAUGUUUGGAUAUUGUACUUCUGACAUGUGUAAUCUUGGCCUAAAAAGAACAAGAGCAAAAGUGGGGGAUUUCUAUGCCUGCUUUGUCUCAAAAGAUUCCAGCACAAAAGGAUGUGAUUUGGUUCAUGCACAUUCGAGAACUGAUCUUUGUUUAAUAGACAGUGAAAAUAUAUAA